CUCGUUGGUACAUUACAGGGACAGGAAGAACGUCACGCGCCGAGCUUUCUGCACGGAAGUGAGCUUGCUUAGCCUUGUGCGAAGCACGGUUGCUAUGGCUACUGCUCUAUCCAUUGGUAAUCGCUGAUAUCCUUCGGUGUUAUGGCGACUUCGCACGCCCUUACAGACCGUGGGCUGUACGCCCUGGAGGACACGGUACAGGCAACCCAGAAGAUGCAUAGCCAAUACCAGCGCAUCUUGGCCCCAUUGUCCCUCUUCCCUGCUACCCAUAGUCGUCGAAGGGCCCCAAUUCUGAAACAGACUUCCUCGUGUAUUCCUGGACAGAAGUCCGGUUUGCCCCUCUCCCUGGCAGCCCUCACACAGCUGGUUAAAGGGCGUAUGGAGCUAGGGCCACAGUGGGAGAACAUCUGCCUCCGGGCACAGAAAGUCUUCCAGGAGAUCAUCCUGGCUGAAGUGAAGUGCAUCUGGAAGGAUGCCCAGCAUUCCUUGUAUGACCCAGCCUUCAGUCCACAGAUGAACCGGGAGAUCUACCAGAACCUGGUGGCCUACAUUGGCUUAGUAUGCCAGCAUCUCUUCCUUCACUACCUGUCCCUCAUGCAACGUUGCCAAGCCCUGGGUGUCUUCACUGACUGUGCCAACAUCACCCGCUUUUCUGCCCAGCUCUCGCUGGACUGCUCCACUUUCCUCAAAGUGUCUGCAGUCCGGCAUCGCUUAGUGAUGGAAAUGAAGACUCCACAAACCCGCCUUUUUGAGCAAGCGAGGAGGACUGCUUGCAAAAUUUCUCCACUUCGCCCAUCGGGGUCCCGCUUGGGCUUUACCAUAAGCUAUUUCAUCAGGCUCAUUAGACCUCAUCUGCCAACACUGAGACAGAAGAUAGCAAAAGACAUAAAGGAAUUGGAGGAUUUACCUUCAUUGGAUUUAAGAAAAUUGCAGCAUUUGCUGCCAGUGAGGAGGCCUCCUACUCCCAUUGGACAAAUGACAUGUACUGCAGUUACAACACCUUGUCCAUCUACCCCUGGCCCAGCAGCUCAGUCUGUUUCUUUUGCCAAGAGGAGCAAAUCACUGCCCAACAUGCGAGUUGGGCGGCUUUUAGCAGAUGAACUUGGAAUUCAUUUAGUUAGACGCCCCCUCACUCCUGAUCUGCCUGUCCACUUUGCGGAGUCUACAGAAGAUGGUGAAGUCAAAGUGUCAAAAAACCUAGCUGAGGACCUCCGGAGACUGGUACAAGGUUCCAUCCUGAAAAGCAAUCAACAGAGAGCUGAACUGGAUGAGAAUUCAGAGCUUCCUCCCCUCAUUAAAGCCCUGACAUGGCGCAAGUCUAAUGAAGUACACUGCGAGCAGCUCCAGAGGAAACUUUGUUCCCUGCAGCAGGAACAAGAUAGUGAGAUGCAACAGAGAGAGACCAUUAUUUCUGCUCCAGCCAGUCAUCCUCAAGCUGCCACCAUGGAUCUUGCAGUUCACAACAGGAUGGUGGUGAAGGCAGCAGAUUUACAAGUAUCUGAAAGAACUUAUCUUGAAACCGUGACCCUGGACAAACACACAGCAGUAUACAAUCACCUCUUGGGGGAGAUAGACAUUGCUACUGUCAAGGCUUUGGAUUCAAAUCUUUCCAUUGGGGAAGACAUCAAGAAGAUAUACAUGGAACUGAUGAGUACCAUCUCCCAAAACCAUCAGAAGUUUGAUGUAGGAUCCUUGAUAGAACCCCCUGCAGCUGACAUAGAACUAUCUGCCUGCUUUGCUUCCUCCACCCUGACUAGGAGAAAAGGUGAGCAAGUCAUUAAUAAAGAGCUAAGUAAAAUCCUGCCAGCUGGACCAUUCAUCCUUGAAGUAGUAUCAGACUCACUCACAACUCCAAAUCUACCUAUCAAAAAGUCCUUUUCUAAAAAAAUGCGUGCUUCUUGGCUCAAAUGGUGGAAAACUACCUUCAACACUGACGAUUACCUGAAAUAUAUUAGUAUAAAGGACUCCAACUAUUUACAAGUGAUAUUUCAUCUCUAUAAUGAUGACGCAGGAGAGGAGGAGGAGGAGGAGGAAGAGCAGGAAGUGCGUCCCAUACGCGAUAAGCGUGAAUGGGAAAAACAGGAGGCAGUGAAAAUACAGGAGAGAAAGAAAGCUGUGCUGCUACAGGCUGAAAAGGAAGAAUACCAGACUGGGGAGUGGAAUUUCAACACCAUCUUGUUGGGGGGGUUAGGAACUUGCAUUGGCUAUGACCACAAGCCUGAGGAUCUCAGGGUCUUGCAGAGAAGGCUGGAAAGAUUGUGGACAGUUCUACAUUUCACUGAACAGGAGAGGCUGGAUAUGGCAAUUAAAUACAGUUCCCAAAGCUAUUACAUGCUGCUUCCAACCAUGCUCAGAUAUUGGGAGAUGGCAGCACAGUGUAUCCAGGACCGGGAGCUCUUGCUAUCCGAAUUGGAAAACUUUGAGCAAACUGCUUCAGAUCCAAACCGCUUCUUCAACAGGGCUACCAGAUCCUUUGCGCUGCGAAUGAAAGAAUCCAGAACCAGGAGCAGCCUGUACUCUGAGCUGUCCAGCUACAACUCUGAGCUUCGUGCCAUCUUGAAUCACAUCAAGAAGAUGUUCAACGACACUGUGACCUUCAAGGGACGCCCAUACUUGGAGAAGAUGGAGUGGGACAUAGUAGAGAUGCUGUACUGGCUGCAACAGGAGCGGCGUGCUAGCAGCCUGAAGCAAGCAGUCCAGAGAGGCAGGGGGCAGUGGAAGCUCCCCCCUCUUACUUAGAUUGCCAUCGUUGCCUAGUUUGUUGUCCAUCUGUGAUCCACCAAGAGACUAUUUCAGAACAUUUCUGUACACAUGCCAAUGUCAUUCAUAAAUUUUCCAGAGAGUUUCUCUUCAGUUGGGUGAGUGAAAGGCUUUAUCAGUAGCAGAACCUGGAGGCAGCCCCAAGCAACGUUAAUGUAAUAAAAUUAUUUUUAAUCAAAUAU